GCUCACGCACAACAGGUUACAACUAUGGCGGACCGUCAGAUGGAAACGAUUGAAGGCAAGCUGCAAGACGCUUCGCUGGACAUCAAGACCAAGGCCAAUGUUCUCACGGAACUUCGAGACUCGCUGGAUCUCUACUGCUCAUCGCCCAACUACGGCACCUUUCUGGCAAAGUUCGUGCCCAUCUUCCUGAACAUCCUCAGCGGAUCACCUGUGUUCACCUCCACAUCGCCUGAACAAAAGAUCCGGCAAUGUGCACUCGAGAUCUUCCAUCGAUUACCCGUGGCAGCGGAUGUCGGCGCGAUGGAACCAUAUGCGGCAAAGAUUGUGGACAAGUGCUUGGAAUUGGUCAAGGUGGAGAAUGAGGAAAACUCUGUGCUAUGUCUGAAGAUUGUUAUGGACUUUUGUCGAUACCACACCAAGACCUCUGGGGUUGCGGAGAGGGCUCAGCCGUUCUUGGAGCUCAUCAUGGAGAUCUUCGACAGUAUGGACCAGACCGUGAAGGACACAUUCGAGUCGCAGACACCGAUACCUGCUACUGCAGCACCGGGCACACCGAGUAAUACCGGAACUCCUGGUUCGCCUGUAGCAUCGUCCUCGCAGUCAUUACUGCCAGACCCAGCUGCGGAAACACAAACGACAAGACAACUGAUCAAGGGCAUGCACAGCUUCAAGGUCGUGGCUGAGUGUCCGAUAAUAGUGGUAUCAAUAUUCCAGGCCCACAAGCAUCUUGCACCCAAGAACGUCGGACAGUUCACACCUCGAAUCAAGAACGCCAUACUUCUACAAGCUGGACCACAAAAGAAGGCACACGAGGAGGCUGAGCAGAAUGGGACAGUCUUCACUGGCCUGGCGAAAGAGAUCAGAGCAAAAGGACAAGCGAGUGCAUUUGGCGAUCUGGUUACGGCUCAGGUUAAGACCAUGUCCUUUCUGGCCUACAUUCUUCGUGCGUAUCGAGAAUCUCUUUCGGACUUCCUCCCAAUCCUGCCACAUCUCACAGUACGGUUACUGAGAGACGUUCCGCGGAGUCAUACCGCAACACGGAAGGAGCUUCUUGUUGCUAUAAGACAUAUCAUCAACUUCAACUUCCGAGACGUCUUCCUACCGGUUAUCUUGCCACUGCUGGAUUCGCGGACGCUGGUCGGGGACUCACUGACGGCAGAUAUAACAUUACGGCCGCUAGCGUACACCAUGCUGGCUGAUCUCAUCCACCAUGUGAGGGAGCGAUUAAACGCUGAGCAGAUCUCCAAGGUCGUCCAGGUGUACGUCGGACACCUCACGGGCGAUGAUGGUGUUGAGGUCCCGGGCACAAGCUAUCAGACUAUGAGUGCGAAGCUUCUGCUUAAUAUGGCCGAAUGCAUGUCCAAGGUUGAAGAGAAGAAGGAUGCUCGAUUCCUCAUGAUGAGCGUGCUCAACGGCAUCGCCGACAAGUUCGCUGCCAUGAAUCGUGCAUACCCAAACGCCGUGAAGCUUUACCGCCAGCAGCAAGAAGUCGCAUCCUCGGCAGACGGCACACCUCUAUCGGAUAACUAUCUCGCCGACAAGGACAACAAGCCAGAUUGGGACGAGACCGACAUUUUCAGCGCCACACCCAUCAAAGCUGUGAAUCCCAGAGAUCGAGCGACAGAUCCCGUCACGGAGAACAAGUUCCUCUUCAAGAACUUGCUACAAGGACUUAAGCAAUUCUUCUACCAACUCCGCAACAGUAAUCCACCUCGAAUCAAGGAUGAAGUCGAUACGGCAAAUGCUCCACCACAUUGGGGCGAAUUGUCCUCCGGCUUCGAGGCGGAAGAAGUCGAAGUGCUUCUCAAGCUCUUCCGCGAGGGUGCAACGUGUUUUCAGUACUACGCUCCCCUCGAUCAAGGUGCGGACGCCACACCUGAAGCGACAUCAAGUCUGUCAGCCACUGCCAACUCGAAGGAGGAGAAAGAUCUGCUUGAGACCUUUGCGACAAUCUUUCACCAUCUGGAUCCGGCUGUGUUCUACGAAAUCUUCACAUCGGGCACUCCUUCUGGCAUCAACUUCUUGUAUGAGCAGAGCUUCAAGCACUCGGCUUUGCUGCACAUUCCACAAUUCCUGCUCGCGAGCGAGGCGACCAGCUCUGCAUUCUGUGGCAUGCUGCUGAAGUUUCUCAUGGGUAAACUUGAUGAAGUUGGCGAGAGUGAUGGUGUCAAGACUUCAGUACUAUUGAGACUGUUCAAAUUGUCGUUCAUGGCGGUGACGCUGUUUUCGCAACACAACGAGAACGUGCUCCUUCCUCAUGUCCGCGAGUUGAUCACCAGAUCGAUCGAGCUGUCCGUCACCGCAGCCGAGCCGACGAAUUACUUCCUCCUCUUGAGGUCGUUGUUUCGCAGCAUAGGAGGUGGGCGAUUCGAACACCUCUACAAAGAGAUCUUGCCUCUCCUUGAGAUGCUGCUUGAAGUGCUCAACACCCAACUCGCCGCCGCACCAGAUGGCAGCACGCGAGAUCUGUUCGUCGAGCUCUCCCUCACAGUUCCCGCCCGACUCAGUCACCUCCUACCACAUCUUUCCUACCUCAUGCGGCCUCUCACAGUCGCUCUCCGAUCUGGCGAUCAAUCCGAACUUACCGCACAGGGUCUCCGUACCCUCGAACUUUGCGUCGACAAUCUCACAGCCGACUAUCUCGACCCCAUCAUGCAGCCAUGGAUGGAAGAUAUCAUGGGCAGCCUCUGGCGGAUGCUGAAACCAGCCAGCAUUACAGGGGCUAGCAUGAACGGUGCCAAUGGCCAGACUGUGAGCACAGGUCAUCAAGGCGCACACACAGCUGUGAGGAUUCUGGGCAAGCUGGGCGGCAGAAAUCGACGCUUCUUGACGAACCCUCCGGAUCUGGAGUUCAGGGAGUAUGCCGAUGAUGAGGCGAGCUUUGAUGUCAGAUUCAUCGGCGCUGUCAGCAAUGGAGGCGAGCGACCUCUGCCAGCAAGGUUGGGAAUCGACACUGCAAUUGACAAGCUUUGGGAGGUUCCUAAAACUGCACCGGCGAAGAAGGCGGAUGAGUUCCACAAGCGCCAGGCGUUCAAGUUCAUCACUUCUCAUGUCAAGCUGCUGGUCGGGUCGGACAAUCUUCCCGAUGACAUGGCUCGGCUGGUCAGACUGCAGGCAGACGACCUCGCGACGAAGAACUUUGACUUCGGAUCGGACUUGUUCUCCAUCUCAGAGCGGUCCAAGUCGACAGUCAAGAAAGAUGCCCAGCAACACACCUUACUCAAGCUAUUGAAGGCGAUCAUCUACGCAACCAGCAUCGAGUCGCUGAAAGAUGAAGCCGGCAAGUUCCUCCAAGGCAUUUACCGCCACUUCAUGAUCGUCGAGCUCGGCGUCGCGGUCGCGAAGGAGAAGCAUAAGAGGCGUCCCUUUGACGUCCGCUCGGGAGAAGGUCCAGUGUACGUUGAAACGAUUGUGCUCGCUGAUGCAAUUUGCCAAAGCUUGGCAUCGGAGCAGAAGACUAUCCGUGAGGUGGCUGAGAAUGCUAUGCUGUCUUGCCUCAAAAUCGCGUCGACCAUCUUCGGCGAUGCGCAGAAAGCGGAGUGUCUACCUUUCUUCUCUCGUCUCGCCGAGGCAUUCUGUCAUGCUUGCUACGAAGAGGAGUGGUUCACGAAGUCAUCUGGCUCGUUGGGCAUCGGCAUCCUCACUGACACCGACAAGAUGGGAUUCUCCGACGCUUGGCUGACGGAACGAAUGGCGGAGAUGUUGAAGGCACUACUCUUCGUCAUCAAAGAUAUGCCGCAGGAAUUGCCUGCGAACAUAAGAGUUCAGGCAAAGGACACCAUCAUCACCGUCGCGAAGCGCUUUGCCACCUCUGGCAUCGAGAAGAAGGAAGACCUCGAGAACAAGGAGAGCAAGCUCAGAGUCCUGACCCAGACUCUGGUUUCCGAAACGAGCCACAUGAACCGCCAUGUCAGGGAGGCUUCACAGCAGACUUUGAGGACGCUUGCGGCGCAUCUUGAUAUGCAGCUUCACGAACUAAUCUUGCCGGUCAAGACGGUUCUGACGGAGCACAUUUUCAUCAAGCCGUUGCGUGCGCUGCCUUUCACCGCGCAGAUUGGGUAUAUUGAUGCCAUCAACUUUCUGCUGGACAUGCCGAACGAGAAGGAGAUCCUGCCUUUCGAGGACAACCUGAAUCGACUGCUCUUCGAGACGCUCGCGCUCGUGGACGCGGACGAUGAGAGUCUGGCGCCGAAGCCGUACGAGUAUCGCACUGCGGAGUCCAUCGUGCGGUUGAGAGUUGCUGGUCUCAAGCUCUUGACCACGGCCAUUCGACUUCCCGGUUUCAGCCCAACAGCUGCGCCUGCACCCGGCCAGACUGGCCAACCGCCUAACAAUCAGCAUCGUGCGAGAGUAAUAAGCAUAUUCUUCAAGUCGCUGUACAGCAAGAACAAAGAAGUCGCAGGCGCUGCGAAUGCCGGACUGAAGAUAGUAUUGCAGUCGACAUCAAAGUUGCCGAAAGAUUUGCUGCAGAAUGGCCUUCGACCAAUUUUGAUGAACGUGCAAGACCCGCGCAAGCUUUCUGUGGAAGGUCUCGAAGGUCUGCGGACGCUCCUGCAGCUUCUGCACAACUACUUUAAGGUCGAGAUAGGUACUCGGCUGCUGGACCACAUGAAGGCUAUCGCGGAUCCACCCACGCUGCAAAAGGUCUCUUUCACCCUGAUUGACGCACAGCCCAAGAUGAAAGUUGUUACUGCCAUCUUCAACGUCUUCCACUUGCUCCCUAGUCAGGCUGCACAGUUCCUCCAAGAUCUCGUGGACCGGGUUUUGUCGUUGGAAGAAGCGCUCCGGAGAACGAGAAGCAGUCCGUUCCGUGAGCCGCUGAUUAAGUAUCUCAACCACUACCCGAAUGAGUCUUGGACAUACUUCAGUGAGAAGAUGAAGGAUGAGAGGCGGGGCAAGUUCUUUGCGCAAAUGCUGGCCGACAAAGAGAGUGGUGCGUUGAGGGAGAAGGUUCUCAAGGAGAUUGAUGGCUUGAUUGAGACGUUCGCUGGCGAGGGAUCGGAGGAGGACAAGGCCCAGGCGGCUGUCAACUCCAUCCAUGCCGCGUAUGCGAUUUGUCAGUUCCCUGACACGGCCAAGCAAUUGCUCGAGAACGAGAAGGCUCGCAAGGCGCUUGUCGAUGCGGCAAAGUCGGUCUUAACGCAACUGCAACGUGGCACGCUGCCCAAAAACUUGCGCCUCGCGGCUACGCAGUGCGCGGAACAGAUCAUGGAUGUUCUGAUCACGUACAUGAAGCUGCAACCGAAGGAUUUGGACACGCUGUUCGACAUCUUCGAUUCGUGCAUCAAGGGCGAAUUGCAGCAGUGUCCGUCUCUCAUUGCGUUCCUGUACAAGCACAUCAUCGUCAACGAGGACGUGGACUAUCAGCGAUCGAUCCUCACCCGAUGCCUGGACAUCUACGCAGCCAAGGACACGCCGCAGAAGUUGAAGUGGUUCGUCUUCAGGAUGCUGUCAAACCCAAUUCUGGCAAACGAUGUCAUGCGAAAUUGGGACUUGCUGUUCCAGCCGAAUCAGAAGGGCACCGCGCUGAUGGACAAGGCGUUCACGGACCAGUUCCACUCAAAGUUAUGGCGACCACAAUCCGUGUCUGACAUCUCCGACGACAACACCUACGGUGUGGACCAUAGUCGCAUGGAGUUGCUGCAAACUUCCGCGUUCCUGAUCAAGUACCACCACAGCAUGGUGCAAGACGCUCGCAAGGACCUCAUCAAGUUCGGCUGGAAUUACAUUCGACUGGACGACCACAUCAACCGUUUCGCGGCGUAUUGUCUUAUAUCAUACUUCAUCCACCACUACGAGACGCCGCCUAAGAUAGCAAUGCAGGUGUACAAUGCUCUGCUCCGCGCACACCAGGCCGAGGGCAGGAACAUUGUCAUGCAGUCUCUCGAAGUGCUGGAGCCAGUGCUGAAGAAACGCCUCGGAGGCCCGGAAGGUCGCCAGAGCGUCUGGGCGAGAUUGCCGCGCAAGAUCCUGAGCGAGGAGAUUAGCAAUGUUCAGCAGCUCACCAGCGUGUACAACUUCAUCGUCCGCCAUCCGGACUUGUUCUACGACGCCCGCGACUCUUUUGCGCAGAUCAUCAUUGCGUCGAUGAAUAAGGUCGCUUCCUUGCCGAGUUCGAGCGUCGAGACGAGGAAGCUGGCGCUCAACUUGUUCACGCUGAUGUUCAAGUGGGAGGAACGUACGGUGAGGGAACAUGGUUCACUGGCGGGUGCUGAGUCCCCGACUGGUGAAGCGAAUACCAAUCCGAAGAAGGCGGCUGUUGCGCCGGCUCAUGCGAGGUUGACGUUUGUCAAGUAUAUGGUGCAGUUCAUCGCGACUGUGCCGGAGCGGUUCCCAUGUGGGCCGCCGAAGAUCAAGGAGGGCAAUGCGGCGAAUGCGAAAGAGACGCCGCCGCCCGAGACGGUCACCAAGACAAUGGAUCUGCUGCUCAAGUUGCUGUCUGCGCCGUACUGGGAUGAUGUCGACAUUGAUGCCAUGUUCCCCAAAGUCACCGAGCAGAUUCUGUGUGGGGAUCAUAAAGCUGAGGAGAAGUUGGAGGUGUGGAUUACACGACAAGUCAACACGAUCCAGAUCGUCAAGGUUAUGCUCAACUCGAGAUCGGACGAGUGGGUCGUGGCCCGACUCCCGCAGUUGCAGAAGAUGCUCGCGAAGCCGUUGAAGAGCGAGCAUUUGGAGAUACAGGAGGCGCUGCACAAUGCUGAUAUUGCGGAGAAUGUGGUGCCCAAUUUACCGCCAGUAUUGCAGCGUGCACUGGAGCCGAUUCCGAUUCCGCAGCCUGAUGAGGAGUUGCCGGACGCGGAUUCGCCGACGGAUGAGUUUGUUACGUUCUUGACUACCACCGCUGGAGAUGCGCUGAAUGGAACGGGACAUGUGGCCGGUAUCAAUAUCCUAUGGAUCAUGUCGAAGAGAAAGCCAGAGGAUAUCGAUCCGCAUAUUACGGCGUUGCUCAAGACGCUGCAGACGAAGCUUGCAAAGGAUCAUCUGGCUGCGCUCAUGGCUCCGCAAGCUGCUCUUGCACAAGGCAUGCAGCCGCCCGCCAACAACCCGCAAGAAGCGGAGGUGACUAUUAACAUGAUCAUCAAGGUCAUCGAGAUGUUGUCCACUCGGAUCAGUACUCUGGGCGAACAGCGUCGGCCAUACCUCAGCGUGCUGGCUUCGCUCGUGGAGCGCUCGACAAACAACCCGCUCUGCGAGAAGAUUCUCAGCCAAGUUGACAGCUGGGUGUUCCAUCCUACCGAGCCGGUGCCGACACUCAAGGAGAAGACGGCGGUCUUGCAGAAGAUGCUCCUGUUCGAGAACCGCGCUGAUCCGACGUUGUACGGGAAGUUUAUGAACCUCGUCAUCCGCAUCUACGAGGACCCAAAGAUCACUCGCUCAGAAUUGGCGGUGCGCAUGGAGCAUGCCUUCCUCAUCGGCCUGCGGAGUUCCGACAUCGACAUGCGCUCGCGCUUUAUGACGAUCUACGACAAAGCGCUGAGCCGAUCGACUAGCAAUCGAUUCUUCAAGCUUAUCAGCGAGCAGCAGUGGGAUGUCUUGGCCGAGACGUUCUGGUUGAGUCAGGUUAUUCAAUUGAUGUUCGGAUCGUUGGAUCAGAAUUCGGUUGUGCAUUUGCAUCAGGAGGAUUUCAGGUGUUUGCCUGCUUCAAAGGUCUUCAGCACGUAUACCAGCGAUGCGAGGCUGGGGGAUGUGUUGGUGGAUGAUUCGUUGGAGGAGUUACUGGUGCAGGAGAAGUCGUUCAUGAAUGAGCUGAGUACUGUUCGCGCGAGGGAGAUUUUGGUACCUCUGGCGGACAUUCAGCAUACGGACUGGCAGCUCGCGCAUGACAUCUGGGUGGCGUACUUCCCGAUGGUGUGGUCGACGCUCAACAAGGAAGACCGUGAGGAUAUCGAGGCGGGACUUGUCGCGUUGCUCACCAAGGACUUCCACCAGCGCCAAGUUGAUCGGAGGCCAAACUGCGUGUCGACGUUGUUGGAGGGCAUUGCUAAGGCGCGGCCGCGGGUCAAGUUCCCGUCGCAUGUGAUGAAGUACCUGGCCAAGUCGUACGAUGCGUGGUAUAUCGCUGCGACUUUCAUGGAGGAUCUGGCAAUGAAGCCAAUUGUUGAUACAGCGAAUGUCAGGGAGAGCAACCUGGAUGCGCUGGUUGAGACGUACGCUGGUCUGGAAGAGAGUGAUUUGUUCUACGGCACUUGGCGACGCCGUGCAGCCUAUGUCGAGACGAAUGCUGCGUUGUCGUAUGAGCAGAACGGCAUCUGGGACAAGGCGCAGAACAUGUACGAGCAGGCACAGGUCAAAGCUAGGACCGGAUCUCUGCCCUACUCGCAAGGCGAGUACAUGCUGUGGGAAGACCAGUGGGUGCUUUGCGGGCAGAAACUGCAGCAGUGGGAUGUGCUCGGCGAGUUUGCGAAGCACGAGAACAUCAACGACCUCUACCUGGAAGCCAUGUGGCGCAACUACGAGACAUGGCAGACGACCGAGAAUCGGGAACACCUGGAGACUGUUAUCAAGGCCGUCAGUGACGCGCCGACUCCGAGGAGGAUGUUCUUCCAGGCGUUCAUUUCGUUGUUGAAGUUGCACAACAAGACGGAGAAUCCGCAGGAGUUUGCUCGGAUUUGUGAUGAGAAUAUCCAGCUGUCGAUCCGAAACUGGCACAAGCUACCGCGGCGCAUCACGAAUGCGCACAUUGGACUGUUGCAGAACUUCCAGCAGUUGGUGGAGUUGCAUGAUGCUAGUGUCAUUUGUCAGAGUUUGGCGCAGACCAAUGCAGGGAAUUUGGAUACCAAAUCGCAGGAGCUGAAGGUGUUGCUGAGCACAUGGCGUGAUCGUCUGCCGAACUUGUGGGACGACAUCAAUGCCUGGCAAGACUUGGUGACUUGGAGACAGCACAUCUUCCAGCUCAUCAACGGCACGUACCUCAGCUUGCUGCCGAAUAAUGGCGCCAACGCGACGGGCAAUUCUUAUGCGUAUCGAGGGUACCAUGAGACGGCGUGGAUCAUCAAUCGCUUCGCUCAUGUUGCGAGAAAGCACCAGAUGCCGGAGGUGUGCAUUACGCAACUCAGCAAGAUCUACACUCUGCCGAACAUCGAGAUCCAAGAAGCUUUCCUUAAGCUGAGAGAGCAAGCAAAGUGCCAUUACCAGAACCCGAGCGAGUUGACGAAUGGACUGGACGUCAUCAACAACACCAACCUGAACUACUUCGGGCCGCAGCAGAAAGCGGAGUUUUACACGCUCAAGGGUAUGUUCCUCAGCAAGCUCAAUCAAAAGGAAGAAGCUAGUGACGCUUUUGGCUCGGCGCUGUUCUUUGACAUCAAGCUGCCCAAGGCUUGGGCUGAGUGGGGACGCUACAGUGACAAGCUGUUCAAGGAGGAGCCGACCAACUUGGAGCUGGGAUCGAAUGCGCUGAGCUGCUACCUCGAAGCCGCGGGACAAUACAAGAGCGCCAAGUCGAGGAAGUUGCUAAGUCGCAUCUUGUGGCUGCUCAGUCUGGACGACGCGGAGGGCCAGCUAUCACAGAAGUUCUACGACUAUCAUGGUGAUCAUCCGUGGUGGUACUGGGUCACGUUCAUUCCGCAACUGCUUAACAACCUAUCUCGGUCCGAGAGUGAAGCCAAUAUCGCUCAUCAGAUCCUCACGAACCUGGCCAAGACGUAUCCGCAAGCGCUGCACUUCCAACUGAGGACUUCGCAUGAGGAUAUGCAGGUCAUUCGCAAGUCGCAGUUGCUGCGCGAGCAGAAGGAGAAGGCGCAGAAGGCGAAGCAGCAGGCUGGAGAGGCGGUUAAGACGGAGUCGCCGGCGAGACCGGAGAGUGGUGAUGGGAGUCAGUCGAGACCUGCUACUGCGACUAGUGGUGGGGAGGCGGUGCAGGCUAGUGGUAAUGCCACUGCCGGUGAGGAUACCAAGAUGGAGGGCACUGAGGAGGCGAAGAAGGAAGAAGCGCCGAAGCCGAAGAAACCGUGGGAGCACACCGAGCUGCUUGUCAUCACGCUUCGCACUGCGUUCCCGCUGCUGUACGCUUCGAUGGAAGCUAUGGUUGAGCAGAUUCAGCGUCACUUCAAGUGUCCUCCGGAUGAAGAUGCGUACCGGCUUAUCGUGGCAUUGUUGAACGAUGCUCUGAGCUAUGUCGGUCGGUCGCCUUCUUCGUUCACCGCGGAGAAUAAGCUUCCACCGCAGACGGAGGCGAACAUUACUCGCUUUGCGGAGAGCAUCUUGCCGCCGCACAUUCGCAAGGCUUUCGAGAUGGACUUUGUUACCAAGAAGCCGACCAUGCUGGAGUACAUUGUCAAGCUGAGGCGAUGGCGCGACAAGCUUGCUGAGCGGCUCGACCGGAGAUCAUCAACUUUCCACCUCGCUGAGUCGACUCACCUCAGUGGCUUCCGCUUCGUCUGGUUUGACGAGGUCGAGAUCCCGGGGCAAUACCUCCAGCACAAGGACAAGAACCAGGACUUUGUUAGAAUCGAACGCUUCCUGCCUGUUGUCGACCUUGUACGAGGUGUGGCGGGCUGUCAUCGCAGACUCAAGAUUCGCGGUCACGACGGCAGUGUCCAUCCAUUCGCUAUCCAGCAUCCUGCGCCGCGACACAGUCGACGUGAAGAGCGUAUCUUGCAGCUGUUCCGGAUCUUCAACAGCACCCUUUCUAAGAAGAAGGAGUCGCGGAGGAGAAAUCUGCAGUUCCAUCUGCCGGUCAUGGUUCCGCUUUCGCCUUCGAUUCGCAUGAUCCAGGAUGAUGCUUCGUAUGUCACACUGCAAGCGGUGUAUGAGGACUAUUGUCGCCGGAAUGAGCUGGACAAGGACGAGCCGAUCAUGUUUACCAUGGAGAAGAUGCGCAACAGCUCGCCGAUGAAGCAGGACCAGUGGCUCAACAUGCGCAUCGAGUCGCUCAAUUACGUGCAGGAUCGUUACGUGCCCAAGGAUUUGGUGCGCAACUACUUCGCCGCGACGUACCCGUCUUACGACUCGUUCUGGCUGUUCCGGAGGCAAUUCUCCUACCAGCUGGCGGCGUUGACGUACAUCACUUUCACGAUGUACAUGACGGUGCGCUACCCCAACAAGAUGCACAUCGCGAAGGGGAAUGGCAACAUCUGGGGUUCGGAAUUGUUGCCAUUUAUGCUGGCCAACCGACCGAGCUUCCACCAGCCAGAGCCGGUACCUUUCCGUCUGACACCCAACUUGCAAGUCCUGAUGGGCCCGAUUCACACCGAAGGCAUCUUCACCUGCGCACUCAUGGCCAUCGCCCGCUGCCUCACCUCCGACAGCACCGUCUCCACGACGCCUCCCGCAGCAGCAGCCGGAGUCAACGCCGCCGCUCCCUCCACCGCCGUCGCCGCCCCGCACGACUCCGCCCACUCCAACUCCGAACUGGAACACCACCUCUCCAUCUUUAUUCGCGAUGAGAUCCAGUUCUGGUACACGAAUUCCCACCGCGGGCAGAAGGAGAUCGAUAUGAGAGACCAUGUCCAGAGGAACGCGGAUGCGAUUGUGAACAAAGCGGUCGUGUUGGCGAAAGAGCCGACGGGGAAUAAUUUGCCGGCGUGUCAGAGUGCGUUGGAUUUGAUUGCCAAGGCGACGAAUCCGGAGAAGUUGAGUCAGACGGAUUUGAUUUGGAUGCCGUGGUUGUAGGGAAGGGAGAAGCAUGGAGGAGAGGGAGGGAGGGAGGAAAGGAAUUGAUGUGAUGCGAUGCGCUUCAGCGAGGCGUUUGGAGGGAAGGGAAUGGAGGGUGGAGACAAAUUGUUGGGUCAGUUUAGCGUGGCGUUGUGGUUGUGUAUUUGAGUGAAAGAGUGGUAG